AUGGAAAACACCACGAACGCGAACACGACACGACCGGCGGAAGUUGCCGACAGUACCAAGCCCGAUCGGGAUCCACCAUCUGAAAGAGACGACAGUAGUGGCCCAGUGAACAACCCGCAAGCAUCCGAGGAACGUCAGCACGAGGAGAAGCAUGCGCGCCAAGUCUCAGACGAGCACGGCAACGAGGACGUUGGCCACACGCAGCUAUCGUUGCAAAACGAGAAGGAAGUAAAUGUCACGGCCAGCGGUAGCACGGAUGAUGGCAAGACUCCAGAUGCAGACGACGACGGAGAUGAAUCCAAGUAUCCUAGCGGAACGAAGUUGGCGUUGCUCACGCUGGGCUUAUGCUUGGCCACCUUCGUCGUUGUUCUCGACAAUACUUUCACCGCUACGGCAAUACCCAGGAUAACGACGGUCGUCGACUCCCUGAAUGAUGUCGGCUGGUAUGGUUCGAGCUACCUCUUGACAACCACCUCGUUGCAGCCAUCCUUCGGCAAGGUCUAUACGUAUUUCAACGUGAAGUGGACUCACCUCACCGCACUAUGCAUCUUCGAGCUGUGUUCUCUAAUUCGUGCUGCCGCAACUAGUUCAAAGAUGCUCAUUGUUGGAAGAGCGGUUGCUGGAGCUGGAGCCACUGCUUUGUUCUCCGGAGGCAUGAACAUUGUCGGGUACUGCGUUCCGCUACGUAGAAGGGCGAUGUAUAUUGCCUCCUUGUCCUCGAUUUUUGGUAUCGCAUCUGUGGUAGGCCCUAUACUCGGAGGAGCCCUGACCGACAAAGCAUCGUGGCGAUAG